UUCUUCCUUGUAGUCCCUAUCAGGAAAAUCAAAAGAUGGGGUUGCAGCCACUGGAAAAAGCAAAACCAAAAUACAAGAAGGGUUUAUGGUCACCAGAAGAGGACAAUAAGCUCAAAAACCACAUUGUAAAGCAUGGUCAUGGCUGCUGGAGUUCUGUUCCUAUUAAGGCAGGUUUACAAAGGAAUGGAAAAAGUUGCAGACUGAGGUGGAUUAACUAUCUAAGGCCAGGAUUGAAGAGGGGCUUGUUCAGCAAACAAGAGGAGGAGACAAUCCUCACCCUUCACCAGAUUCUAGGCAACAAGUGGUCUCAGAUAGCACAAAAUUUGCCGGGAAGAACUGACAAUGAGAUAAAGAACUAUUGGCAUUCAUAUUUGAAAAAGAGAGUGAUGUCCAAUGCUAAGGAAAUGGAAUCUCAUGAACAAGUUCAGUAUGCUACCUCAAGCUCAGAAACCAUGGAUUCUUCUUCACAUGCUGUCCAGAAUCUUGCAACACAAGGCACACAAAAUACCUACAGCUUCACCAAUGAGGCUUGUCAAAGCUCCCCCAUACCAAAACUUCUAUUUGCUGAGUGGCUUACACUUGAUCAUGUGCAAUGUGGUGGCAACUCUGCUAAUUCAUAUGAUGAAUCUUUGGCUUUGAAGGAUGGAUUUGACAGUCAAAUUUCGUCUUUUCAAGAAUCUGCUACAGUACAUGAUGCUAUGUCACAAGGACCCUUUGGAGGAGAUUAUCGUAAUAAUAGUCUAGCUCGUCUAGCUCAUAGUUCAGCCGAAGAGAUGUUCAAUUCACAGCUAAAGUUUGGAACAACAAUGGUAGAAAAUGGAUUCAUCCAAUGUAUACCUGGGGUUGAUUUUAGUGCCAAUUUCAACAUGAGCAAUGAUACGAUGUAUAUCUAUGAUAAUAGCAUUAUUUCCACGGCAGCUCAAAAUGGAAUGUAAAAGGAAUAUAUAGUUCAUGUUUUUCCACACUGAGAGAAGACAGAAAACAGAAUACAACCAUAUAAAAAGGAGUUUGGUGUUGCAUUGUA